AUGACAUUCCUUGACGCGACCCCUCAAGUCGCCGCGGAGAUGGGUGACACUAGUGUCAACAUCCAUCACCUCAUCCCAACGGAUAUGUUGAAGCCACUUUUGGUGGAGGUCGAGCGUUUCUUCACGGGGGCCGGUGAAGUUCAAAACUCGUCACCUCCUGUGACUAUCAUCGAGUUACAUUUACAGGCAUUGACACUUUUGACUGUAGGUUUGUCUACAUAUACGCCGGCUUUGCUGACGACAGAUAUCAAGAAGCUUCCGCGCGUAAGACUUCGCAAGGCCGAAGGUCAUCUCGAGACGGCCGACGUCUUGUCAAUCUUCAGCACCAGAAGCCGCAAAGCAGAGGCCAAGGUAUUUAAUCGACUGACGGAGAACCUGAAAGAGAUAGACGAGCCGCACUCUACUGUUCUGAUGGUACAAGUGAAAAAUGAGUGCGGUGUACUGGGAGAUUCCCACGAUGGCAACGGGGCCAGCCUCUAUUCCAUCCCGGAGCAAAGACGCAAUGACUAUGGCGUGCGCCGUAUCUGGAUUGCUUAUGGCACCUACGGCGCCGUGGGGGUUGCUCCAUUUGGUUUGGAAACCAUCAAGCCGGAGGAUAGUCCCUUUCCCAAACAUUAUGGUCUGCUGAAAGCUGCUUCGCUCAUUGUUCUUGAAGCACAACGACACCCGAACAGAUCGGUGAUUUCAUGCUUCGACGAACUUCCAGCCGAUGGCUCCGGAAAGCACCCGAGCCCCGUCAUCCGUCGGGUCUGGAGAGGCUUUGAGAUGACGAUAGGACGGUACUUCGUGUUCGGUAAGCCAGGAACAGGGGCUGGAAUGGUGAUACGUUGCGGCGACGGCAAGCUUUUGCUCAUCGGCUGGGGCUUCCAGGUCAGAGCGAAGGCAUUGGGCCAGAAUCAGAGUUUUACCGGCAUCCUGAAAUUUGAGGAGAAGAUUAUAGAGUACGAAGCGACCGGCCGCUUGAAAAUGAUCAGGGUAUUUAUUGACUGGGGUUGA